UUUUUUACAAAAUAACUCAUAUCAAAACAAAGCUUCAGCUGAUGAAAGCAACGAAUGACUAACUUGUUUCAAUGUUUGUUUGUAGAUCGAACAAACCUUGAAAAUAAAUGAAGGAAUGGGAAGAUAAUUAAUAAUUGUUGAAGUUAAUACAUUGAGAAUUCUGUUGUGUAUUAAUUUUCCUGCCAUUUGAUUGUGAUGCAACACCAGCCCCAAGUAACAGAUGGAAAAUUACCUAUAUUUGUUUUCCCAACAUCUUUAACAUUUUUCUCUGAUGACCAAUCAUCCCAUAAACAAGUUCUAACUCUGUAUAAUCCAUAUGAUUUCCCACUCAAGUUUAAAGUUCUGAGUACGACACCAAGAAAAUAUACUGUUGUUGAUUCAGAAGGAACGAUCAGACCAAGAUGCUGUGUGGACGUAGUUAUUCGCCACGUUGACAUCUGUAUAAAUAACGAAGGAGUCAAGGACAAAUUUAGAAUACAGGUGUCAGAAUAUGGACAACGCAAAAUUCUGGGGAAAAAGGACGUCAUGUCCGUACUUUUUCCAAAAAGAGAAACAAGUCCACCAAAAGAAGAGAAUUUUCACUCGCUUUCAACAAGUAUAGCUGGCAAUCCUGAACUUCCGCAGACACCUAUAACUACACGACAAACAACAGGUCGAUCUGUGACAGGUCCUAGUUAUAUCAUAAUAUUUACUGCCGUAAUGUGUAUUGCUGCAUUAGCCAUGCCUACACAUGGUGAAAAGGACACAAAGUGGCCUGAAUAUUUACAUCUCUCUCUGUCACAGAAACUGAUUGCUGCUUAUAUAUUAGGCUUGGUAACCAUGGUGAUAUUAAAGGUAUGACAGUCAUCACCAGUUAGGUUUACAUGUAGUUUAUUAGUAUUGUGAGAUUAGUGUUUAUAAUUUAAACUGUAUUAUAAUAAUUAUUGGUUUUCUUUGUCAAUCUUUAUUAUUAUUAUGUAUUUUGUUUCAUAAAUUUCUUUUUUAUCCAUAUUUAUAACGCCCUCCUGAUAAAUGUCAUAUU